AUGAUUUUAACUGAUAUAUCGUCCGGGCACGCGCGCCUAGUCUUGAGAAUUUACUUUUUGAUAUUUGUCAGCCUAAUUGCCUGGCUAGCGGAUGGUGUUCUGCAGUCAAGAGCCAAGCUUAACAUCAUUAAACAUGGCAGCGUGCGCGCCCAUACGGUCAUGGGCUGGUUGCAGGGUUUUGAUCUGGUGAAAUUCGUGUGGGUUCUUCGCCAGUUUCCUGGCGGCGUACUGGGAUACAGUGUGAUGGUGAUCUUGUUUGCGUUGUCAAAUAUCACUGAUCUUCUGACUGCGAAUUUUGUGGUCCAAGUUCCAGUGAGAUCUCGGUGUCUGUUUGGGGAGGGAUUGGUUCUCAACACCACUGGACCUUUUCUUGCGGUCGCACCCCCGUCAAAUGGGAUGCCGUAUAUCGUCGCCCACAAUUCACAGUACUUCAGUGUCAAUAACAACUGUUCUAUUGGAAUAUAUGCGAAGGUCAACCAGGACGUGGAUUUCUGCCCUGACACAGAAGACAUUUUUGGGAGCUGGACCUGCUCCACUGAAGGCACUCGCACAUAUAGUGCCUCUUACGACAGGGGAUUGGUAACCGACGACCUCAUCGAGCAGGGAUUACUGUACUCCAACAGAGCGGGCGAGUACUCUGGCUUCGGGGACGGCUACUACAAUCAUUUUGUGAUUUGGAGUAGUUCUACUGGUGACGCCACUGACAGUACGGAUACCUGGGAUGUGCGCGCAGCUAUACAGACCAACGCCUCCCCAUAUGAUGACAAUGUCACCAUGCUCCCCCUGUCCUGCAGCAUGAAUGCUCCUUCUGCAGAGACAAUCCUCGCAGAGAUGAAUGCUACAGCUUCCCUUGAAACCUGGGCAGCUACCUUCCAAGGUUUGAUGUACUACGGCACCGGCACGACAUCCAUCUCCGACCCAACGACUGAGUUAGCGAUACUCCUCAACACAAUGACAAUGGUGCAGGGAGGUGAUAACAUCCUUCUUUCCGUGCCGGCGCCGGAUGCAGAUCAGACACAAGGGUGCAUUAUCGCUGGGACUGAUGUACCCCUUGUCAUAGAGGCGCUUGUGUUGCUUGUUGGAGGCUUGUUCGUCGGAUUAGUUUUGUUGUCAAUCAUAUAUGCUUUGAGAAUACGUUUCACACGUGGCGGACUAAAGGAGGCGCUGGAAGCCCUGCCUGAUGGGGUCAUUGGAUGGGCAGUCAAAGCUGCUCAGGAGCACCGCGAUAAUAGCGAACCGGAUCCGGGAAAUCAUGCAACUGUGGAAGGCCGAGAGAUUAAGAAUUGGCUCAUUGGGCAUGAGGGCGGGGAAGGCAGGCUCAGGUUGAUUCAGCCUUGUUGA